CUAUAAAACGGCGCGAAAUGCGUAUUUUCCGUUGCCAUAUUAUAAGUAAAAUGUGUUGUAUUCUAACGUUGCUCUUUAUUUGUACUAUUAAAAUCGGAAAUGCCCUGCCUCGAAAAAACGCCGAAAUUUUACACGGAAAAGUGGUGGAUAUCACCGAUCAUCCCUAUCAAGUGGCCCUACUAAACACGAAAGCCAAUAAGAUCAUUUGUGGCGGUGUAAUCGUGAAACCUAAGGUAGUUUUUACAGCUGCUCAUUGUACUCAUACGAGAAAUCUGGUGCCAAGGAAAAACUUGGCUGUUCUAGUUGGUGCUAAUCACGUCGAUGAUUAUGAGGGAAAUUUACAUCAUAUAGCCAAAGUUAUUAAACAUCCUGAUUUUAGUUAUCAUGGCCUUGAAAGUGACAUCUCCAUCCUCCUCCUAGAAGAACCGAUAAAAUUCUCAGAAAAAGCCAAAAGCAUCCCAAUAUCAACUGACGAUCAUCCAGGUGGUACUAAAGCUUCAGUUUCUGGAUGGGGACGUACUGAAACUGGAUUCCAGUCCAGGGACCUUCGGGCAGUAAAGGUGGAACUGGAUGACCACCAUAAUUGCCAAAGAUAUUUUCCGGGUGUGUUCCACCCUACGAUUACAAGGGAUAUGGUGUGCAUCAGGCCGCACCAUAAGUCGACUUAUUAUGGUGAUAGUGGUGGCCCUCUAACAGUAGAUGGUAAACUAGUCGGUCUGGUCUCCUUUGGAAGAUCCUUAAAACCCAAUAAGAAGACAACAGUAUUCACCAAAGUGGGAAACUUUUUAGAUUUUGUUAAUGAGGUUGUGCCUGAAGAAUACCAAGAAGAAUAAUAAAACUAUUUCUUAUAUUAAUAUAAGGCAAAGUAUUUGCUAUACUACUAAUUAUUUUAAAUUUCCUAUAACAAUUUAAAAAACUUUUUUUAAAUAAUUUAAAUAGUAAUAUAACGUGUACCUGAACACUUCAA